UUUUGUCUUCUCAUAAGUCAUCACACGUCAUCUACCCUGUCUGUUGCAACGGGCCACACCACACACCUCGCCUUGGCGCCAUUCCCACCGCUCCGCCGCCACUCGCUGCAUCCAUCGCCCGCCGCCACGAGGCCCCACCCGCCGCCGGUGAUCCGCCCGUUAGCCUUCGCCGCCCGUCGUCCCCGGCUCCGGUCGGUCGCGCAGCGCAGUCUCUCACUCUCACUCUCACCCCCACCCCCACCCCCCGCGUCGCCUCGUGGGUUGGGUCGGGUCGGGCGGGAAGGAACCACCCGACCCGUUUGGGCGGCUGCUCCAGCCUCCAGCUUCUUUUCCCCUUUUCUGUCGCGACUGCUACCCCUUGGUCCAGACCGAGAGAGGGUGAGACGAGAGAGAGGCAGAGAGGAGGAGCAGCGUCGCGACGCCCGAAUCGCCGAUUCGAUCGAGACCCCUCGCCCUUACUCGCUGAAUCCCAGCCCGAGCCCGCCAAUUGGGCGCCCCCCGCCCCCGCACAGGACUAAGGGAAGAACAACAUUGGCGUGCUGAGAAGUCCAGCUGCACUUCUUUUGGACCACAGAUGAAGCGAACUCGAAGGCGUAUGUGGGAGGGAUGACUGAUGAGGGAUGCUAGUGACAUUGAUGAACUUGUUGCGGGCGUGCUGGCGACCGUCAUCGAACCGGCAUGCCCGAACAGGCUCAGAUGCGGCCGGUAGGCAGGAUGGACUUCUAUGGUACAAGGAUACCGGGCAGCAUGUCAAUGGGGAAUUCUCCAUGGCUGUUGUCCAAGCCAAUAACUUACUUGAGGACCAGUGUCAGAUUGAGUCAGGUCCAUUGAGCUUUCUAGAUUCUGGACCAUAUGGCACUUUCGUUGGCGUUUACGAUGGACAUGGUGGUCCAGAGACGGCUUGCUACAUCAAUGAUCAUCUCUUCCAGAAUCUGAAAAGGUUUGCAUCUGAGCAGAAUUCAAUGUCUGCUGAUGUCCUGAAGAAAGCAUACGAAGCUACAGAAGAUGGAUUCUUCUCUGUUGUUACCAAACAGUGGCCUAUAAAGCCUCAGAUAGCGGCUGUGGGCUCAUGCUGCCUUGUCGGUGUAAUUUGUGGUGGCGUGCUUUAUGUUGCCAACGUUGGGGAUUCCCGUGUUGUUUUAGGAAGACAUGUUAAGGCCACUGGAGAAGUUUUGGCUGUCCAACUGUCAGCAGAGCAUAACGUAAGUAUUGAGUCAGUGAGAAAGGAACUGCAGUCAAUGCACCCGAAUGAUAGGCAUAUUGUUGUUCUCAAGCACAAUGUUUGGCGUGUAAAAGGACUAAUUCAGGUCUGCAGAUCAAUUGGUGAUGCUUAUCUGAAAAAGCAAGAGUUCAACAGGGAACCUCUAUAUGCGAAAUUUCGCCUCCGUGAACCUUUUCACAAGCCUAUACUAAGUUCGGAACCGUCAAUCAGUGUGCAACCACUACAACCACACGAUCAGUUUCUCAUAUUUGCAUCUGAUGGCCUUUGGGAGCACUUAACCAACCAAGAGGCUGUUGAUAUUGUUUGCAGUAGCCCUCGCAGCGGCUGUGCUAGGAAGUUGAUAAGAGCAGCACUGCAAGAAGCAGCCAAGAAAAGAGAGAUGAGGUACUCAGACCUCAAGAAGAUUGAUCGGGGUGUUCGCCGCCACUUCCACGACGACAUAACAGUCAUUGUAGUGUUCCUUGACUCCAGCCUCGUAAGUAGGGCAAGCACGAACCGAGGUCCCGCUCUUUCCCUGCGAGGCGGGGGUGCCAGCAUGCGCAGCAACACGCUCACACCACCGUAACUAGAGGGACGGAGAUGACGCACCUUUCUGAAGAAGGUUGUUUUUCUAUGUGUUGAAUGUGUUAUGUAUGUAUCGGCCAAGACCACGCAUCCCCUCAAUGGUGUAAAGAAAGAGGAGACGCACAUAAGCUCCUAUCCCGGUGCCCGUUAAUCCCAUCACAGUAGUGUAUGUGUCAAGGUUGGUUCAAUUCAAUAGGUUCUGAGUUGUUCUGAUGAUGCUCCGCGAAAUCUUCCUCCUGGAAAAGGCAAGUGUGUUCAUUCCAGUGGUCGAAUUAACCUAGUGCAUAUAUGAUAUAUGAAAUAAUAAUAAGCAGCCAAAAGGAGAGGAGUAACUUGUUUAACUGGUGGUGUCAAGUGUAUGUAUGCUUUGUAUGUAUACUGUAUUGACUUGCUGAAUCUAAGCUGUUGUCUGUUGACCACUGGUGAAGUGAAAUUGCUGAUGUCAUCUUGA